UCCUAUAUUACCCCUCAUCGGCGAGCAGAAAGGGUAAGAGAAAAUAAAGAUUAUUUUAGCCCAGCCCCCACAUCCAAAUUUCCGCAGCAACCAAAUUUCCCACAACAAAAGCUCAUGCUCAAAGCCUCAAGCUCAAGAAGAGAGAGAGUAAAGUGCACAAAAACAAACACGAAAUAAAAUAAAGGCUCUUUUUAUUUGCCCUAGUCGAUGUCAGUCGAGGGCAUGGAACCGAGCUCAUGAUCGAGGACUGCGGCUUUCCAUGGCGACUGCGAACGAAUCAGUUACAACGGCGACGUCGAUGGACGUCGUGGCUUUGGUCCCUUCAACGGCCGAAGACGUAACGGUGAGAGCCGUUCAGAAGAGAUAUGAGAGCCUGCUAACCGUCAGAAACAAGGCCGUGAGAGGGAAAGGCGCUUGGUAUUGGGCCCAUUUAGAGCCCAUCCUCCUCCACUCUGAAACCGGCCUCCCGAAGGCGUCAAGCUCCGCUCUUCCCUCCCAGGCCCAAAAUCCCAGGCUGCCCAAACUCCGCCCAGGCCAUCUCCUCCAUCGCCCUCACUUCAACAGCAGCGGAACGUCGCUCCUCCUCCUCCAGCAGAUCCACCCGUUGGCGCUCGUGGACCCGCACAGCCACCGUGUGACGUCGUGCUACUCUCCUUCCUCCACCCGCCGUCGCUGCCUACCCGGCGCCUCCGCCACCGCCGCAUUUCGUGCUGUCCGGCGCGGAAAGAGGACCUCGGCGCGCUCGCUGCUGUUCGAGGACAGCGUGAAGAAGCUGAAGAGCCCGAAGCGUCGUCCGGUCCGCCUAUCGAGAUCGCCGCGAUCCGCCGUCGCCCUACUCUCGGAUUGGUUCUACGAAUCGUGCGCCGUUCCUUCUCCUCCGUCCGAUCACCCGAAAUUCCGGGCCUUCCUUCAUUCAAGUUGGGCUACCGCCGGUCUCCCGCCGCGAGCUCGCCGAGCGAGGCUGGACGCUCGUAUGACGAGGCCGCGUCAGACGCCGAGGCCGAUACGAGACGCUCUCUUCUUUCAAGUGGCCGCCGGUGGAUUCAGGUCUCGGUCGCUCUUCCUCGGACGCGCGCGAGCGCUCACCCGUGUGCUGGAUGUCGGCGCUGACAAAUUCAAGUCCAAAGCGUUGAGGGAUUUAGAGAACCAGAAUCAUUGGAUGGUGAACCUCUCUUGUCAACUCCAAGGAGUUCGGAGCCUCGUUAGGCGACUCACCCGCCCCAUCCCCCUCUUUAGUUCCGUCAUCAGUGGUUGCUCCAAGAUCGCCGAUCUCUUCAACAAUAUAACACUCAGGUCCGCAACAUUUUCCACAAGUAUCAGAUCAGAGGCUCGACCACUCUUUCUCUCCGCUCGUCGAAAUGCAGCUGACAUUGCCCUCGGCCUCCGCAUUGCUCGAGGACGUUCAUCGCCUCGGACUCGUCCGAUGCAGUUGACGGUGCACGAUGAUUCGUUCAAGCUCGCCUGCCUCGAUGACCCAAAUGCGACGCAGUUGGGCGAAAUGGUCCGUGGAAUUUCCUUCUGGACCGAUUUAGAGGCUGUUCGCUCGCUCAUCAAAAUGAUCAAUACCACGGUUAAAGAAAUGGAGGCCGAGCGUCCUCUCGCAGGGCAAUGCUUGCCUCUCUGGGACGAGCUCCGGUCCAAGGUAAAAGAAUGGUGCUCGAAAUUCAGCAUUGACGACAAUCCUAUAAACAAAAUUGUAGACGACCGAUUCAGUAAGAAUUAUCAUCCGGCUUGGUCUGCAGCGUUCAUAUUAGAUCCCGUCAAUUUGAUUAAGGACUCCAGCGGGAAAUACCUCCCUCCGUUCAAAUACUUAACCCCCGAGCAAGAGAAAGAUGUCGAUAAACUCAUAACGAGGCUGGUGUCAAGGGAAGAAGCCCACAUUGUUCUUAUGGAGCUAAUGAAGUGGAGGUCCGAAGGGCUUGACCCGUUAUAUGCACGUGCCGUUCAAGUGAAGCAGCGAGAUUCUGUAACGGGCAAGAUGAGGAUCGCGAACCCUCAGAGUAGUCGAUUAGUAUGGGAGACUAUACUGAACAAGGAGUUCAAGUCCCUUUCCAUGGUUGCGGUGAGAAUUAUAUUUCUGCACGCUACGGCGUGCGGGUUCAGGUGUAGCCCGAUGUUGGUCCGGUGGUUCGGAAAGCACGGGCAGUGCAGGGCGGGUAUGGACCGGGCACAGAAGAUGGUUUUCGUGGCCGCGAAUGCGAAGCUAGAGAGGAGGGAUUUCUCCGAUGAGGAGGAGAAGGACGCGGAGCUGUUUGCCAAUGGGGAGGAUGAUGUGCUCAAUGAAGGAUUUCUUGAUUCUUCUUCCGUGUAACAUUUUUAUUUUCAUCAUUUUUUUUGGGGGUUUUUAAUUAAGUAGGGAUUUGCUUAGAAUUUUUCUUUAGGUCGCCGCUGCCUAUCGUUGAUGUUCGAUUACUUACAUUAGAAAUGGUAGUGUUUUCUCUGUGAGGAUAAAUUUGAAGAAGAAUGUAGGGGUUUGGGGCUUGUUUUUUUUCCCCCCUUUUCCUUUUUUUUUAAUCGGAAUUAUUAUAUUUAGCUGUGGAAUUGAAGCA